GGACUCGGUUUCCCUGCGGCCCCGGGAGGCUCGCGGGCCAUUGGCUGAGCGGGGCGGAUCUGGUCCUGUUCCUCCCCGCCCCCAGUGACACAAUAGCGGCUCCUUCCAAGAUGGCGGCAGCGACGGCGGACCCGGGAGCUGGGAACCCGCAGGCUGGAGACUCCUCCGGCGGGGGCGCUGGGGGCGGGCUGCCGUCCCCCGGGGAGCAGGAGCUGAGCCGGCGCCUGCAGCGCCUGUACCCCGCGGUCAACCAGCAAGAGACGCCGCUGCCGCGUUCCUGGAGCCCCAAGGACAAGUACAACUACAUCGGCCUUUCCCAGGGCAAUCUCCGCGUCCACUACAAAGGUCAUGGCAAAAAUCACAAAGAUGCAGCCUCAGUGCGUGCCACCCACCCCAUACCUGCUGCCUGUGGCAUUUAUUACUUUGAGGUGAAGAUUGUCAGCAAAGGAAGAGAUGGGUACAUGGGAAUAGGACUGUCGGCUCAAGGUGUCAACAUGAACAGACUUCCUGGUUGGGACAAACAUUCCUAUGGCUACCAUGGUGAUGAUGGGCAUUCCUUCUGCUCCUCGGGGACUGGCCAGCCCUAUGGUCCCACAUUCACCACAGGAGAUGUAAUCGGCUGCUGCGUCAACCUCAUCAAUGGUACCUGCUUCUACACCAAGAAUGGCCACAGCCUUGGUAUAGCCUUCACAGACCUCCCGGCCAACCUCUACCCCACCGUAGGCCUGCAGACACCCGGGGAGAUUGUGGACGCCAACUUCGGGCAGCAGCCCUUCCUGUUUGACAUUGAGGACUACAUGCGGGAGUGGCGUGCCAAGAUCCAGGGCACCGUCCACUGCUUCCCCAUCAGUGCCCGGCUUGGCGAGUGGCAGGCGGUGCUGCAGAACAUGGUCUCAUCUUACCUGGUGCAUCAUGGGUAUUGUGCCACGGCCACGGCUUUUGCCCGAAUGACUGAAACCCCAAUUCAGGAAGAACAGGCGUCCAUAAAGAACAGACAAAAGAUCCAGAAGCUGGUGCUGGAGGGCCGUGUGGGCGAGGCCAUCGAGACCACGCAGCGCUUCUAUCCAGGGCUGCUGGAGCACAACCCCAACCUGCUCUUCAUGCUCAAGUGCCGACAGUUUGUGGAGAUGGUGAAUGGGACUGACAGUGAGGUCCGCAGCUUGAGCUCCCGAAGCCCCAAGUCCCAGGACAGCUACCCUGGCUCCCCCAGCCUCAGCCCCCGCCACGGCCCCAGUAGUUCCCACAUGCACAGCACAGGAGCAGACAGUCCCAGCUGUAGCAAUGGCAUCACAUCCACCAAGAGUAAACAGAACCACAGUAAAUACCCCGCACCCAGCUCCUCAUCCUCGUCCUCAUCCUCCUCGUCUUCCUCCUCCCCGUCCUCCGUCAAUUACUCCGAAUCCAACUCAACAGACUCUACCAAGUCCCAGCCCCACAGCAGUACCAGUAACCAGGAGACCAGUGACAGUGAGAUGGAGAUGGAGGCAGAGCAUUACCCCAAUGGUGUACUGGAGAGCAUGUCCACACGCAUCGUCAAUGGCGCCUACAAGCAUGAGGACCUGCAGACGGAUGAGUCCAGCAUGGAUGAUGGGCAUGCUCGGCGGCAGCUCUGCGGGGGAAACCAGGCUGCCACAGAAAGGAUUAUCCUGUUUGGCCGUGAGUUGCAGGCACUGAGCGAGCAGUUGGGCCAGGAGUACGGCAAGAAUUCGGCCCACACGGAGAUGCUGCAGGAUGCCUUCAGCCUGCUGGCGUACUCAGACCCCUGGAGCUGCCCAGUUGGCCAGCAGCUCGACCCCAUCCAGAGGGAACCUGUGUGCGCUGCCCUCAACAGCGCCAUUUUAGAGUCUCAGAACCUGCCAAAGCAGCCACCUCUGAUGCUCGCCCUGGGCCAGGCGUCUGAAUGUCUACGGCUCAUGGCCCGAGCAGGCCUGGGAUCUUGCUCCUUUGCCAGAGUUGAUGACUACUUGCACUAGCUGACCAUGCUGGCUGGCCCCGCCUGGCCAUCCACUGGCCCCAGCGCUGGAACAGCCCUGUCCUCCAUAGGCACCUGGCACAGGGACCUGGAAGCCAUGGGCAGAGUCCACUCCUGCCUGGCCUUUUCCCUCUCUCCCCCUCCCUUCCUUCCUUUCUUCCUUCCUUCCUUUUCCCCCGACCCUCAGUCUCUCUCUCCCUUUCACGUGCAGCGGCCUAUGACACAGUAUUGGCUGGUUACUCUCAUGUAGCGCCUUCUACUUUGAAAGGGGAGUUUUGUUUUGAGGAGGGGUUGAGGUUUUUUAAUCUUUUCUUUCUCCUGACUGAGCCACCAGUAUUUAUCUCUGGAGAGUUUGUGCUGAGCUGGUUUCUGCUAAUUUAGUGAUGAAGCCUAUCCAAGUUGGUAAUAGCUUAUUAUUUUCAUAAGUAAAAAACAAAUGAGAUUAUAUAUAUAAAUAUAUAUAUAUUAAAAAAAAAGAAGACACAGUAUUUAUCGUAGUGUUAGUGGUCCAGCACCUCUUGGGUGAGGCUGUCCAGACACCAUGUUUUUAUUUGAGUCCAACUCAUUAAAAAAGAAUCAUCUCUGUCACCUCAGCCAAAUGAUUUGUUUAUUUUAGGCUCCCCCUUUGUUGAGCCACAGGCCCAGCUGCAGCCAAGGGAAGCUGAAUAGGCUUCGUGGGGGGAACUUAGUGGGCAGGAUCAGGCUAAGCUGAUUUUGCAGCAGCCGAAGAGGUGUGGGUCCCUAGGCUCCUGGGAGCUGUUCUGAACAGAGAACUGCAGGGCUGAGGGUCUAGAGAAGUGACAGGUUGGCCCAGGGCUACACAACAGAGCAAGGGAGUAGAGGGUUCUUGGCCAGCACGCUAUCAGCCACUCUACCCCACCUCUCACUGCCUGUCUUGCUCCCCUCUCUUCCCUUUUCAAUACCCUGCCUUCCCUUGUUAAGAUGGCCAAAUAAUUCAUUUACUCUAAGUUGAUUGCCUGGAAACUACCUGCCUUCAACCCGAGAGCCGCUGUGUGUCAGGCUGCCGGGAAGAAGACUCCAUUCCCAGGACAGAGGCCCCUGAGUACAGGGGCUCCUUUCUUCCUGCUUGGAUCUUCACCAUCUCUGCACAGCUCUGAGCGAAUCGAUGCUUUCUGUUGAGAAGCCGGUACCUUGUGGAGGCAGUUUCUUGGGCUGCUGGUCCGUGGAGUGGAUGGAACCCUUGGCCCCCUAGGCCAGGUUUUGCUGCCACUGUGCCAGGCAGCUCCCUGCAGGUGGGCCCCAGCCACUGCUAGAAAAGACUGUCAGGAGUAUUUGCAGGCCAGAGGAUGGGACCCUAUGAGCUUUACAGAUGCCCUACCAGCUGUUUCAGAUGGAUCCUCACAGCUGAUAGAACAAAAAUGGAUGUUCCUGCCACCACUAGGGAAUCAGGAGAGGAAGGGCUGAGAUGGCUGCCAGGACUUGGGUGGGCCGUCUGUGGAGAGGACUGGCUGCCCUGGAGGAGGAAAGGGAGGAAGCCUAUGUAGAGGAGCAUCAGGAGGGGCUGGGGUUUCUGUGGCUGCCUCACAGCACGAGGGGGAGCACAAGCAGCCCCUGCAAAGUGUAGGGUCAGCCACGGCAAGGCCAGAAGUGGAUCUUCCAGUCCCGGCCUGAGUCUGGGCUGGGCAAGCUCUGUGUUAGCGGACAGGGAAAUGGUUGGUGUGGCCUCAGAUAUUCAGUGCCCAUCAGGCCUCACCACAGCUGGACAAAAGAAAAAUGAUUGAGCUGGACCGGCUGCUGGUGAUGGCCCUGUGCUUUCCCAGAGUUCUUCCUUGGGAGAUGAUCCUAUAGCUGCUGCUUUUUCUUGGUCCCUGCCAGGGCCCCAGCUGGCAGCCCAUAGACCAUGGCCUGUUGGGAGGUGUUGUCCUGUCUGUAAAGAAAAUUCAUCCUGUGCCAGGCUGGGAAUACCUAGCUCCCAAACCCAGAGUUUGGAAACAUCAGGCUGUUAAAAAUGCUCAGAGCCUAGCAGGAUUAGGAACUAAAACCAGAGGCUUUUACAGCUGGAAUGGGGUUCGGAGAACCUCUCUCCCAUCAAUCCUCUCCUUUUACAGAUAAGGGAACAGGCCCAGGAGAUUAGGUGACUUGGCCAAAGUCACAUAGCAAAUUGGUGGCAGAGCUGGAACUAACCUUUUCCCUGUGGGUUGGGCCGCAGUAUUUAGUCCUGAAGCUGAACAGCAGAUGAGCCCCAUGAGGGCUUGGGCUGGUGUGGCCUCCGGCAGUGUCGUGAGUAGAUGGUACCUUCAGGGGUGUGUCAGGGAUGAGGAUGGGUGCCUGGGCUUGAGUUGUGGAGUGGCUGAGAGAGGGCCCAAAAGGGCUCAGGACAGCUGUGUGCUGCGUGGGGUUGGGUGUGUGCCUGGCUCGCACUCGGUACCCAUGGCCACCUCCCCAUUUUCUGUGCCUUAUCUCACUGUUUCAGCUGAGUCCAAGUUGUUUACUGUUCCUCUCCAGAGGGGCUCUCUGUCCCAGUUGGACAGCUCACCUUUGGGACAUAAGCCUUUGCCCCACAAGCCGUGGAGAGGGCCAAAACCAGACUGCUGAGCCCACUCUCUUGCUCAUAGUUCAGGCUUGCCUGCCCUCUGGAGGAGCCCUUUACAUACAUCCAGUCCUACCAGCCUGCUUCCAGGAGCCUGGAGCGGGAAAGGCACCAGGGAUGAGCCUUGGUGAAGGGCUGGACCUGACCCAUGAGGGCAGGAGGAAGACCUGGCUCUGUUGGGUUGUCCAGCCCUCGGGGAGCAGCCUUCCCUACUCACCUUCCCCUUGCAGCACCAAAUGGUUGCUCCUUCCAGAGCGAAAACUGGCAGACCACUCAAAGCCAGAACCCCCUAUCCCCACUGACAUAGGUCUGUGGCUGGGUACAGGCCGUCAAAACAGGGACACCACGAGACAGAGAAGCGGGGACCGCCUGGCCACCCUUCUCACCCCUUAAGCAAGCACAAAGAAGAUGCGGCAGAGAACUGUCAGAGCUGAAAGUUCCUUUGGUUGCUUACAACUCAGGUAUGCGCGCCGUGUGGCAGCUGGGCAGCAGAGCCCUACCUGACCGCCAGUCCCAUGCACCCGGACCUGCGGCCAGAUCAUGGCCUCUGGCUGCCUCAGGCACUUGCCUCUUUGCAUCGGGUUUUCCUCCAUUAGUAACCACAGCUGAAACAGACAUCCUCCACAUUGUGCACACUGGUUCUGCCUUUGUCCUCGAGAGUUGAUACUUGGCAUUAGCAUGAAACUUGUGGGUGUGGGAGGGUUGAGAGAGAAUUCUAACACAAAACAUCCUAUUAAAAUUGUACUUGAGAGAUGAAAAAAACUCCUGUUGUAUUUUGACAGAAUUAUUUUUAUUAAAAUACACAUCCAUGAGCAGUCA